UCUCUGGACCCCAGAGUUCUGUGUCGAAUGUUGUUGGAAUGCAUGAGGCCAUGGCAGAUGACAACACGAAAUCUUCCAUACGAAAGAAGUGUGGCCCCUACAUUUCUUCGGUAACCAGCUGCAGCCUGAACUUGGUGAUCCGUGGGAUAGUCCUAUUUUUAAUCGGCGUCUUUUUUGCAUUAGUAUUAAAUUUGCUGCAGAUUCAGAGAAAUGUCACUUUGUUUCCACCGGAUGUGAUUACAAGUAUCUUCUCUUCAGCUUGGUGGGUACCACUUGGCUGUGGAACAGCAUCAGCUGUGAUUGGGUUAUUGUACCCCUGCAUGGAUAGACAUCUAGGUGAACCACAUAAAUUUACGCAGGAGUGGUCCAGUGUGAUGCGAUGCGUAGCAGCCUUUGUUGGUAUAAAUCAUGCCAGUGCUAAAGUGGAUUUUGCCAACAACAUCCAGUUAUCACUGACACUUGCGGCACUUUCGAUUGGAUUGUGGUGGACAUUCGAUAGGUCUCCAAGUGGCUUUGGCCUGGGUAUAGGAAUUGCAUUUCUGGCCACCCUGGUGACUCAACUUCUGGUCUACAAUGGAGUUUAUCAAUACACUUCACCUGACUUUCUUUAUGUUCGUUCCUGGUUACCAUGUAUAUUUUUUGCUGGUGGAAUAACAAUGGGGAACAUAGGCAGACAGCUGGCAAUGUAUGAAUGGAAAGUCGUUGCAGAAAAUUCUCAUCGGGACUGAAGAGAGUGAAAUGUGGCUUUGCUCAGGAC